CCGACACCCCCAAAAGGGGCUAUCACCCCUUACAGCGGGGGACCUGGUACAGGGACGGUCAUGACGUCUACGUACGCAUACAAAGGGAGGUACGAAUGGGUCGACUGGUAGAUGCUCUGUGAGCCCGCCACCGGUCUGACCAGCGAAGACGGAAAUUGGGCGGAGGAUUCUGAAUCAGAGACCAGUGGUGAUCUUGGCAUACUGUAGGUGUUUGAUACGUAAUUAUAUCCAUGCAUGUUCACAAUCACUCUCUCAUGAUUGCCAGAUCAGUGAACAAAUAGAAGACAGCCCCAUGAUUGUAGCACACAACUCGAGACCUCUAAUUACAUACCAGCCGCUCUGCAUGCAGAAAAAGCCUGCAACACCCUCCAGCACCCUCCAACAGGUCACCAAUUGAAAUAACAUGUGAUGGACAGGAACCCUAACACCUCGGGGCCUCCUCGACUCAAUCACAACUCGACUCAAUCACAACUCGACCAGUCGACUCAGUUCGACCAAGAGAGUCGUCGACCGAGUCGAUCGCGCCAGGAGUCGACUGAUCCAAGCCUUCUGCUGUUGAAGGACCUUCGAGACCUCCGACACCAGGUGAGUCUCUUAGGUGCUCGGUGGCAGCAGUUGGAGGCCUUGCUCUCCAAAGCUCCAGACCAGGCGCCUCCUGCAUCACCGGCAAGCUCUUUGGCGUUUCCGACCUCACCGUUGGUGGAGACCCGGCCCAUGCAGGUUGAGGGGCCUUCUGCGGCUUCACAGGCCAUGCCUGUGCCACCUUCUUCGCCGCCCCGGAAGUCGUGUCCGGCUGGACAUCCAGUGCAGUCUGUGACCACGGGCACUGAUGGCAUCACCUGCCAGGUGUGCAGCAUUCUUCAUGCCAGAGGUAGCAUGAUGAUGAGAUGUGAGCUGUGCAACUUCGAUGCCUGUAACCGCUGCGUGGCGUCCCAGGCUGGCCUUUCUCCACUCCCGCCUGAACGUGUGCAUCAGGCCCCUACAGGCGUGGAAGGCGCCCCGUUCAGCGCAAUGGCGCCGAUCCCUGAGGACGGGGCGGCCUCCUCACCUGCUUCCUCGCCCGGCUCCGCGGACGCCCGUCCCGCCCGGGACUCGCCUGCCUCGGGCGACUCCCCGGUGGGGGAGCGGAGAGCGCAGGCUCAGUUCACCAGCUUCCACAUCAAAGAGGGCUGAGGCGGCUGAGGAAAGUGAGGGACGCAAGAGGGACCGGCCAUGCGUGCAGCAAGAAAAGGCAUGGUUACCCACCACGGGCA